AUGGAUAUUUUUAUAUUAUAUUGGAUUUUUAUAUUGGUAAUUACAGCUGGAUUAGUUUCAGCAUCGGUAUUUUGUAUAGUAGCACUUCAAGAUUUAGAAGCAGAUUUAGUCAAUCCAAUUGAUCUUUCAAGAAGAUUGAAUCCAUUAUUUAAAAGUGAAAUUACUUUCCACAUUGCAUUAUGUUUACUAUUUUUCGUAAAUUUUGAAUUUAUUUUAUUAUUAGUAAAUUCAGUACUUUUAGGUUUUAAUAUUUAUUGGAUGCUCUCUGGACAAAAUAAGAUAUUUGCUGCAGAUAUUUUCAAAUUAUUACCAGUUUAUAAGAAGCGUUAUACAAUUAAAGUAAUUUUCUAUAUUGUCACCUUCUUUUUAUAUUUAUAUUGGUUUAUCUCCUAUUUGGUCCAUGCAUAUGCCGGUCCUUCAUUAAAAAGUAUGAAGAUCCCAACAAUUUAA